AUGUCUGAUCUGCCAGCACUGAACUCAUACGCUCAAACCCCGGCAGGCGUGGAGCCUGGACCGGAACAUUGGAAGGGCGGGCAUGGAUCAGACGAGGAGGACACAUUACCUCCGGCGCCUAUUUUGACACCUGUCGCCCCUGUCGAUGACUCCAUAUACAGUCUACCCAUCAAUUCUCUUUACGAGGUAACGAGACUCCCCACUCUCGGUGUCGGAAAUGUGUUGCCGUCUACUCAGCGGAACCAUCAGAGUCACGACUUCAUAACACGACGCCUAAUUCCAGAAGCUGCAGCGGAGAGUUUGUUCACCACAUUCAUUCGUCUCGAUUACUUCUGCUACGGUCUCAUGUGCCCCUACAGCACUCUCAGAGACCUUCGAGCCAGCUCUCCGAUGCUUACCGCUGCCUUAUGCGCAGUAGCUGCACUGCAUGAUCCCGAUGGCUCUUCAGUAUUCAAGACAUGUCAUGCAGAGUAUCAAAGAUUAGUCAUGGGGAGCAUGUUCGUUGUGUCACAAUCUUCCGACACUAUCAGAGCGCUUAUAAUUGGCGCUUACUGGUUAGCUGAUAUAUCAUACACGUUGCCUGGGCAUGCUAUCCGCUUGGCCAUGAGACUCAAUUACCACUUGGCCUACUACGCGGUCAUAAAGGGCGGCGCAGAGCAAGAAGACAUUAUAAAAGCACGUCUUUGGUAUAUCCUAUACAUCCAUGACCAUCAGUCGAGCAUCUUCAACGGUCGACCUGCUUUGAUCUCCGCUUCUGAAGAGCCCCAUCAACAAUGGGAAGCCUUCGUCCGAAUCAACGAGAACCAAGAAGUAGAUUUGAGAAUGUCAAGUCAGAUUGCGCUCUAUCACAUCACGUCGAAGGUCAGAGAUGUCUUCGGAGGCGACCCGUCACAGGGUGUACCGAAUCACAGUCUACCCCAGCUUCGUGGGUACUUCGCCGAAUUAGAUCGAUGGUACAUGAUCUGGGGCAACAGAAUGCCACGAAACGCCCACGUUGGGUGGUUCCCAAGAGAUGGUGCCAUCUUGAAUUACCAUUUCGCUCGGCUGCACCUCUGCUCCUACGUCUUCCGAGGCUUGCCUCUAGGAUUUCUGCCUAGCGCAUCUGUCGAGGUGCAGGAAUUUGGGAGAACCGCAGUCACGUCUGCCGCAGCUGUGCUGAGCUUAGCCGUUGAACGUGACGAUUUACGAUCAGCACUUGUCGGUAUGCCCAUAUACUACCAUGCCAUGAUCAAUUUCGCGGCCGUGUUUCUUAUCAAGGCAGCUAAGAUUGGUUUCCCGGAUUCUACAGCGGUGAAUGCUCCAGCCGUACUGUCACAGGUGAACGAUUGUGUACGCGAACUUCGUGCACAGAAAGCUUCCAGUCAACACCUUGUAUAUCAUCUGGCUAAUGGCUUGGAAGGAUACAUGAAGGUGCUUUCUGAUCCCAAUCAAGAUGUCUCAAUGCUUCCGGCACCUAUGAGCGUUUUGGGAGAUAACGCCUCGACACUGAGUACAGCGGAUUCGAUCUUUAUGCUCGACACUUUUGAUCUGUUUUCCUAUGUGAAUAUGUAG